AUGGCGACAGGCUCACAUUUACCAAAUUACAAGCUUGUGUUUCUCGGCGAUCAAUCCGUUGGCAAAACUAGCAUCAUCACUUGCUUCAUGUACGGUAGCUUCGACGCCAAUUAUCAGGCUACUAUUGGAAUUGAUUUUUUGUCCAAAACAAUGCGCCAUGAAGAUAGGACUUUCCGUCUGCAGUUGUGGGACACUGCUGGACAAGAGAGAUUUAAAAGCUUGGUACCAAGUUAUAUCAAAGAAUCCUCUGUUGCUGUAAUUGUCUUUGAUGUUGCAAAUAAGCAAUCGUUUUUGAACACCUCCAAGUGGAUUGAAGAUGUUCGUGCUGAAAGAGGUAGUCAUGUUAUCAUUGUUCUUGUUGGGAACAAAACCGAUCUUGUUAAUAAAAGGUAA